UUCCUCAUUUCACAAUAGGGCUGCCUCUAGAGCUCAGUGUGUGGACGAGUGUGACUGAGAGCCGUGUUGUUAAACCUGACAUUCACCCCUCAUCGCUUAACAGGUGUUUCCCUUCAGAAGUCUUGGUGGUGCCUGAAGACUCCUACAUGUGAAAGCCGGAGCGCAGAACAAUGUAAUUAACUGGCAGCGUCCCUGCCAACCCUUCGCCCUUUAAACUCAAGUUUCAUCAAAUCACUUCUCUAACCCUUCUUCGAGAGGACGCUCAUGUGCUUACAAGGUGUCCAGACGUUCUUGGGAACACAGACUCACAACACAAGGAAAGAAGAAUGAUGACAGGCCGGCUGCCCCCGAGGCUUCUGCUGUGGUUCAUUGGGUUGUUAGGCAUCGCGUUAUUGACGUUAUUCAUGGUUUGUGUGGCUUUGCAGAUCCAGGUGCCAUGGCAAGGGACGAACCUCCAAACUUUCCCAAGUAAACAUUUCAGGCUUUUUUCUGACAAGAAUGACAGCAGUUCUUUGGAAAAUGAAUUGUCUGCUGAGAAUGAACUGGACUCUUCUGAAGAGUUGGCGCAUGAUUCAUUGCAGCAAUCAGAUCUCCAGGAUUCAUUAGAGUCAGGAAACGACAUAAUGUCUAAUCAAGCAAAGUCUGCUCAUGCAAAAAGAGAUAAAGCUAAUGCAACCAUAAGCUCCUUAAAACCAGUGGCAAAACCCACAGAGCCAGACUUUUUUGGUGACCGGUAUGCCACAGAGGACUUUCCUUCACAAACAAACUGUCCCAGCAACAUUAGGAAGCAUGUGCCUCAGACUCCGUUUGCUGAGAUGUUUCUGCACAAUAUCCCGGUGCUUCAGUGGGCAAAGCACUUCACCCCAGAGGAGUACCAGCGGUUGAGUCAGUACCGUGGAGCACACGGCUGGGGCAGUGUUAGUCCCGAAGUGUUGAACACCACACUGGGAAUUUUAAAUACAACUGCAAAUCGGUUGAUGUUUGAUGACUGGGAGGAAAGAACAAAACGAUCCAAGUGUAUUCGCUGCGCUGUGGUGGGAAAUGGUGGAAUACUGAAUGGUUCAAGGAAAGGAAAGGAGAUUGAUGAACAUGACUAUGUCUUCAGAGUAAAUGGUGCGGCUCUUAAAGGGUUUGAGAAUGAUGUUGGAUCCAGGACCUCCUUCUACACAUUCUCAACCAACACUAUGCGAAACUCCAUGCGUAGCUAUGCUCGCGUAGGCUACAGAGGUCCACCCAUAUCCAAGGAGACCAGGUAUAUAUUCCUGCCAGACCAUGACAGAGAUUAUAUCCUUAUGAAAGCGGCUUCCACACACACAGCAAUUGAUAAAGGCCCUGAGCGUAGCAAAAAACCCCCUGAAUACUUUGGUACAGAUGUGACGGUAGAAAAAUUCAAAAUCUACCACCCGGACUUUAUCCGCUACCUCAGAAACAGGUUCCUGCAUUCCAAACUUCUGAAGACCGGUGCAAGGAGAAUUUACAGGCCCUCCACAGGAGCAGCAAUGCUCCUAGCUGCUAUUCAUACAUGUGACAAGGUUGAUGCUUACGGGUUCAUGACCCCUGACUACAGUACGUAUUCAGACCACUACUACGACAAACAGUGGCGUAAAGUGCGUUUCUAUGCCAAUCAUGACAUGCGAAUGGAAAUGAGGCUGUGGCAAGAGCUGCAUAAUGCCGGACUGAUUAAUCUCUUCAUGCGCAAAUAAGCUCAAAAGGAUGUGCGCUACACAUUGUAUAGGGUGUUUUUUACUGUCAGUACUGAAAAACAUUUGGAAGGUGUGUACAGUACAAACCUGUUAUACUCCCCUCUGUUUUAGACAUUUGCCUUUGAGGGAAAAGUUCAUAUUGUUGAUCAACCAAAAGCUAUGGGUUCAAAUUAUGUAGCUGAUACUUUAGAUUGAUUGUCUUUUGAGGCUAUUCAUGAGAGACAAAUGGCUGACUAAUGUGUAAUAGGGAGAGUAAACAUGGAUAGAGUUCAGGAAUAAC